ACGUUGUCAUCAAUGGACGCUCGGUUAUUCUACCAAAAAUGCCUAAACCCUCAACUCCAUGAUUCGCAUUUUCUUCUGCUGCCCCCCUCAAGCAUCAAUUCCAUCUAAUUAUCCCCCUCCUCUGCUCACACAAAUGAAUUAACAAGCAAGUUGAGAGAAACGUAUAAACCCCCAAAGUUGUGUUCCUCAAUGUCAUCAAUUUCGCUCUCUUUGCCCUCCAAAACCACCUUCUUAUCACACAAUCGCUUCAAUUUCGUCUUUCACGGCAGCCCACUGCUAAUCACGCGCAGAAACCCUAGGCACAUUUCGCUGUCAGCUUCUGUGGCUGAGAAAAACUCGAGUCUUGAAUUUUCUUGGGUUUCUUGGGACAAAGUUAGUCCUGAUGACUACAAUGGCUGGGACGUUUUGGAACCUGCUCCGAAAAUAGCUGAAAAGAGAGGUUGGCGGACAUUUGCUGUAGUUGGUUUUGGAGCUUCAGUUGUUGCAUCUCUUGGUUUCUUUGCCUAUUUUUGGUUCUAUAGUAAAGGUUUUGGUGUUCGAUUCAGAAGUCCGCUUAGUGCUCUACAAGGCUUUUCGGUGCCUUCUUUAACCAUCAAGGAUGAACAAGGAAUUGGAGAAGUUCGUGAAGAUGACGUGCCAUCGGCAGAAUCUGAGAUGCCUGAGGAAACACUUGCUGAUCCUUUUGUGGCGACAGAGCACAAGCUUGAGCGAGUCAUAGUUCCAUGUUCUGUGGAUGUUGCUCAGCAAGAAGCUGUUUCAGCACUUAAGAAACUCAAGAUUAUCGAAGAUUCUGUUAGUGCAGAUGAAUUAUGUACUAGACGAGAAUAUGCACGGUGGUUAGUGCGUGCAAAUUCACAGCUGGAGAGGAGUCGGAGACAUCGAUUGAAUCCAUUUGCUGCACUUUGUGGAUCUAGAAUUACCGCCUUUGAUGACGUGGGAGUUGAGGACCCUGAUUUUGAACAUAUUCAAACUCUAGCUGAGGCCGGUAUUAUUAGAAGCAAACUAUCAGAUGGAAACCAUGGCUCAAAUCUUAAUGGAGACAAAGAACUUUCCUAUUUUUCUCCGGAAAGGCUCAUAUCUCGCCAGGAUCUGGUUACUUGGAUAGCAAAAAUAGAGUAUGAUGUUGUGGCUGGGAUCGAUAAAGAGAUGGCAAGGAGGAGCAUUGGUUUUCUAGAUGUUAAGGAGAUAUCUUCUGAUGCGUUGUUAGAACUUUUUGCGGACUAUCAAGCUGAUAGAAAGAGCAUAACAAGAGGAGUUUUUGGGCAGAGCAGGCGAUUCCAACCAAGCAAACCAUGCACAAAGGCUCAGGCCGCAGUUGCACUGACAUGCGGAAGAGUGACAGAAUUCAUACAAGCAGAAAUAUCUAGACUUGAAGCUGAAAAACUUGCAAAGGAAAUCGAAUUAAAAGAAUUGAUGACUGAAAUUCUAGAGAGAGGCGACAUAAAGGAGUAUUGGGAGCAAAAGAUGGAGAAAGAAAGAAAACGUGGCUUGGAAGUGGAAGUUGAGUAUCGAUCAGCCAUUAUGGCUUUGGAAGAGGAGAGGAUUGCUCAGGAGAGUGGUUCAGCUGAAUUGGUUAAGCAGAAGGCAGCUUUGGAAUGCCAGGAACAGUUGCUUUCUAGCAUAAAAGCAGAAGUAACAGAAAUGUCUGAAAUACUUUCUGUAGAGAAGGCCAAGUACGAUGAUGAGCUGCAUGGCAUACAGGAAACACGGCAUGAUCUGCAGGCAAAGUAUGAAGAACUGAUCGAUGCAAAGUCGAUAUUGGAAGCUGAAAUAGAAGCCCUGCGUAUAUUGAGAUCGUGGGUUGAGGACGAGGCGAAAAAAAGCCAAGCUCGUGCAAAGGUCCUCGAGGAAGCUGGGCGGAGAUGGAAAUGGGACGGUUAACCAGACGGCCGAACUGCCAGAGAGCCUUUCCUUAUCAAAUAGUCAAAUAGAGAUCCAUCUGAAGGUGGGUAAAAUCCCUCAAAUGUGUCAAGAAAUGGCAGUUUCUUGUACAUGAUCAAGAUUUCGAACGUAUUUGUACCCCAAACUUUGUAUUCUCCUUUUUGGGACUUCAUGAUAUAUGUCUUCAAAAAUCAAAAUGUCUCCGGAAUUUCCUUGUAA